UAUUAUUAUUCAAAGCAGCUUAGGAUUAGCUUUGUGUCCACCCAAAGCUGUUCAGGUUCCAAGUGGGUGCCUUUGGUUUUCUAAUUUGUGAUGGAUUUUCCUGAAUCUCCAUUUUUAUUUCUGGAGUGAUUCUGAUCUGAGUUUUUGCUGCCCUUGAGUGUUGUUCUGUAUUUGAAGUUGUGGGAGUUCAUUGGUUUUUUUGGUUUAUUUCAGCUGAGCUCUGUUUUGGAUUUGGAGUUGUGUGUGUGGAAUUGGUUGAGUGAGAUUUGGAUACAAGUAGAAGAGUCUGAUAUGACGAUGGGGUCGGGUAUGAACUUGAUUACUACUGUGAUUGGUUUUGGUAUGAGUGCAACAUUCAUUAUAUUUGUUUGCACAAGAAUCAUUUGUGGGAGGCUGAGAGGUGUUGAAUCAAGGCCUAUGUUUGAGAUUGAAUCAAGAACUGAUCUUGAGCAGCCAGAGAAUAGGUCUAAUGGCCUUGAACAAGUUGUGGUUGCUGCAAUCCCAACAAUGAAGUAUGAUCAGGAGGCUUUCAGUUCUGUAGAAGAUGCACAGUGUUCAAUAUGUCUGGCUGAGUACCAGGAGAAAGAAAUACUGAGAAUUAUGCCGAAAUGCGGCCACAGUUUUCACCUCUCUUGCAUUGAUAUAUGGCUGAGGAAACAGUCUACCUGUCCAGUUUGCCGUUUACCCUUGAAAGAAUCUAUCGGACCAAAACAUGUGAGAUCAGCAACGUUCACCGUGGCUCGGUCGUUUGAUGACCCUGUGAAUAUUCCAACCCAUGAACAUUCUCAGCAGUGGCUAUUACCAGCGUCUGAACCGAACUCAGCAAGCGACAACAUUAGCAACCAAGAGCCGUUAGAACCUGCUCCUGGAUACCCCUCGGAAUCAACUCAAUCAAGAGAACCGGACACAAGGCAUUGACAAUACAAAAGGAGUGGUUAAGGGAGCCAAGCGCGCAUUUUGCUAUCUAGCAAGAAGUCUUGAUUGUGUACAAACAUGCCAUAGCUGACUCCCCUCCUUCUUUCCUUUGCUUUCGAGCGAGAGGUUGGUUCGAAGUUCAGUGAGAAUCAGAUGGUAGGGGUAAAGACUUCUCAUAACUGGUAGCAUGGUGUGAACUGAGAUUUUGCUCAGUCAGUGUGACAAAACCCCGAGUUUUUGAGUUAGUUUGAGAACGGAGCAAGCUUACACGCAUAGUCUGAUUUCUGUAUAUAAAUCUAUAUUUGCAAAACUAGAUUGUUUAGCUCUAUUCAUACGUUGUGUUUUUGAGCCAUUCUUUCCACAGUUUCUACUGAUUGCUUCUUUUCUCCAUUGCUGUAUUUGAAUCAAUUCCACAUUCCAACUUCCUAAAUUACAGACCAAG